CCAACACGCACGCGCGCCUGAUCAGCAGGCUCAAGCGCCAGCCCGAGAUUCGAGGAAACGAGGCAGCGCAAGCCUUCAUCAUCAAGGUCGACUCGUGACCAUAGCAGCGCGCUGUCUGCGUUCGCAGCUUUCGGCCAGCAGUCGCGGAUCCUCCCUCCUUCAUCGUCCUCGCCUUACGCUUUGACCAUUCGACGGCUCGUCAGGGCCUGUCGCCAAGUACGAUAGCGGGUCUUCCAUUCACUGCUCCGACAUUCGUCCGACUUGGCAUUCGUCAGAGUACUUUGUACUUUUAACGACGCCGAGCAUCCACCCUUGGUGCAUACUAGGCAGAGGACAGCAGGUUGGGACUUCGUCUCGCUCCAAUUGGUCUCACGAUGUCCGAUUCUGGUAACAUCAAGGUGGUGGUGCGAUGUAGACCUAUGAACAGUCGAGAAAGAACACGAGGAGCAUCCAACUUGGUUGACUUCACAGAUCAGACCCAGCUCGUACUCAACCCUCCAUCGGAAGGAGACUCGAAAGAGAAUGCACGCGCGACAAAGAAGAAGGCCAUGCCCUUCUCGUUUGAUAGAGCUUACGACGAAAACACAGAACAACAGGAACUGUUCGAGUAUGUAGGCUUGGAUGUCCUGAAACAGGCUUUCGAUGGGUUCAAUACUUGCGUCUUUGCUUACGGCCAAACCGGCUCCGGAAAGUCCCAUAGCAUGGUGGGCUACGCUCAAGCGAAGGGCCUCAUCCCUUUGACGUGUUCGAAGCUGUUUGAAGAGGCAGAGGACAAGAUGGGUGCCAAUCCGAAUCUGCGCGUGACAGUUGAAGUGUCAUACAUCGAAAUUUACAACGAAAAGGUUCGAGAUUUGCUGAAUCCGAAGAACAAGGGCAAUCUGAAAGUCAGAGAACAUCCAAGUCUGGGACCGUAUGUUGAAGACCUCAGCAAGUUGGCGGUAGCGUCGUUCCCAGAAAUAGAGAACCUGAUGGAUGAAGGCAACAAGGCACGGACUGUGGCUGCGACGAAUAUGAACGAAACAAGCUCUCGCUCGCACGCUGUGUUUACCCUUAUUGUCACGCAGAAGAUCAAGGACCAAGAGACAAAUCUAGAAGCGGAGAAAGUAGCGAAAGUCAGCUUGGUGGAUUUGGCUGGAUCAGAGAGAGCGAACUCGACGGGUGCGACAGGUAGCCGUCUGAAGGAAGGUGCAAACAUCAAUAGAUCAUUAACAACUUUGGGCAAGGUUAUUGCAGCGCUCGCAGCUGCGAGCACAGCGCCGAGCAGCAAAAAGAAGCAGCUGGACAACUUCGUGCCUUAUCGCGACUCAGUCCUGACUUGGCUGUUGAAGGACUCGCUAGGAGGUAACAGCAAGACUGCAAUGAUUGCUGCGAUUUCACCUGCAGAUUACGAAGAGACGCUGAGCACAUUGAGAUACGCAGACUCGGCCAAGAAGAUCAAGAACAAGGCUGUAGUCAACGAAGAUCCGAACGCCAAGCUCAUUCGAGAGCUCAAAGAAGAGCUGGAGAUGCUCCGAACUCGUGCUCAAAUGGGUGGCAUGGGAGGUGGGGAGGGCGAGUCGUCUUGGGAUCCCACAGUUCCACCCGAGAAGCAGGUCGUGCGCUACCAAACCAAGACUGGCGAGAUCAAGACUGUGACCAAGGCCGAGCUGCAAGAGCAGAUGGAGAGUGCAGAGAAGCUCAUGGCUUCGGUCAAUGAGACAUGGGAAGACAAGCUCCGAAAUACUCAAAAGAUCCAAGUGGAGAGAGAAAAGGCCUUGGAAGAGCUCGGCAUCAGUGUGGAGAAGGGCAACGUUGGCGUGCACACGCCAAAGAAAUUGCCUCACUUGGUGAAUUUGAACGAAGAUCCUCUCAUGUCGGAAUGCCUCGUCUACCAAUUGAGACCGGGCGACACCAAGGUGGGAAACAUCGACGCUGCUGAAGAGGGGGCAGGGGAUCCUAAUGGGGAGUCGACCUCAGGAGAUACGCCAGCAAUCCGAUUAUCAGGCUCGAACAUAUUGGCGGAACAUUGCGUUUUCAACGUUGCGGACAGUGGGGUCGUUACUAUAGAGAAUUCCGGCGGCGGCAUGACCAUGGUGAACGGCAAGCGAGUGCAGCCAGGAGAGCCAAGGCGUCUCAGGUCAGGCUAUCGUGUCAUUCUGGGCGACUUUCAUGUCUUCAGAUUCAACCACCCCGAAGAAGUCCGCAGGGCGCGUGAUAGGGUCAAGUCGACGAUGGCGAUGUCCACAGGCGACGAGCUCAACCAGACAACGGAUCCGGGCACGCCCGGACGUCCAGAGUCUCCUGUCUCGAAUGCGGAUGAGGCUGGGGACGUCGACUGGACAUAUGCAAGGCGCGAGGCCGCUUUGGCGAGAUUGAAUGGCGACAAUGCAGCAUUCGACCAUCUCGAGCCUCAGGAGCUUGACAAGCUCUUUGAAGACAUUUCGAGAGCUCGUCAUAAGCGUGGCACGAGCCUCGCCGCGCCCAGCAGGCCCGAAAGUCGACUGAGCUCGCUGGACGACGCGAAUAGCGAGUCUCCAUCUAUGGCGCGCCCCUUCUCGCUGAGCACCUACACCGACGACACCUCCAUCGAUCCCUGGGGUAGCGGUGGUCCUGGAAGCCGCGACGCUGCUUCUGUUGCCGGAACAACAGACAACGGCGACGCGACGGUCGAGUUCCAAGCGCACGCAGAUCUCAAGCAGAAGGUCAAAGAGUACGAGGCACAAUUGACUUUGCUCCAAGCAGGCGGAGAGCCUCCCAAUCCUCUGGACAUUCCCGUCAUUUAUACCGAGCCUGAGAAAGCUAUGCUCUACAGGGUACUCGCCAAGUGGAGAGCACAUACGAGGGUCUCUAUGGCAGAGGACAUCUUAUCCAAUGCGGUACUUCUGAAGGAGGCAAACGUGAUCAGCAUGGAGCUGGACAAGAAGACCACCAUGCAGUACACGAUUAUCGAUGACGAACCGCUGAGCAACCCGGUCUCUUCCGUUGAGUCCAUUGCUGGCCUAGACGACCUGGAUGACGUCGCAGACCCCGAGCUUCACAAAGCUACAAAGCCAUGCGUUGCGGUUCGGGUCAUCGAUCAUCUGCACUCAACUUCAUACAUUUGGUCCCUGCCAAAACUCGAAGCACGGCUCGCCAAGAUGAGGAAUCUUUACAGCUUCAUCGACAGACCUGAAUACUCACAACACUUCAAUUGGGCAGACCCUUUCUAUGAGGUGCCAGCCCCUUCCUACAUGUUCAUCGGCAAUGCCUUGCUACCCCUCUGUCCGCUUGCUCGUAAGGUGUCGGCGAAGUAUCGAUUGCCGAUUCUUUCGCGGCACACUGGCAGCGAAAUCGGACAAUGCUCUGCUGAGCUCAGAUUCGUCAGCAUCUCUGUCUCUCCAGUCAAGAGCAAGACCUCAAACGGUACCGCCUCGCCCGAGACAACAACACCUUCGGACGGCAAUGACUCUGAGCUACCCUCUGGUCACAAAUUUGGUCUGCAGCUGUCCAUUGACGGUGUGAUUGGCCUUCCAAGUAGCGACUUUGAGCGCUUGCACGUCCAAGUCAGAUUAAGCAGCAUUGCUGGCCGGACAGUCAGCAAAGACGAAGUUUUUGCUUCAGCACCAGCCGAGCUCGGACAGAAGGGUGUCAGCGCAUUAUCGGACGUCAAAUUACGCAGAACUCUGACCUUCGUCAUCACACCGGAGAUUGCAGAGUAUAUGCGCUCAGGCUUCGCACCGAUCGAAUUUCACGCCCGCGUCAAAUCGCAGCAUCUUACAGCGCUCGAAGACUACGACGCCGCCAAGGAGGCCAAACGCUUGACGGGCCGCGCACCUCCCACGCUCAAUGGCAGUGAUCUCGGUGUCGACAGCAACUCUCCCGAACGUCCAGUGCUCCUCCACAAAUCGUCCGCUGCCGGACGCUUGUCAGAGAACCAGAUGAUAUCCGAGCAGCGUCACGACGUCUUGGCGUUCGUGCAACUGUGCGAACUGGAUGACAGGGGGGAAUACGUGCCAGUGCAGGUCCGCGCUCAAUCGUCGCUCGACCCAGGAGCCUUUUCGCUAAGGCAAGGACUGCAGCGGAAGCUAGUCCUGACCAUGACCCAUGAUUCUGGGCGGCAAUUCAAUUGGGCCGGUGUCCGCGGUGCUGAGCUCAGCGAGGUUCGAUUACUUGACGCUCGUGGCCGGGUGCAUUCCUCUACCCUCGGGGAGCCAGUGCAUCUCAAAGUCCCGCCAAAACAGCAGCAAGUCGACUUUAGACCCAACGGGACAAGCGAGCUGACCAUGUGGGCCUGGUGGGAUAGCAGCGUACAUGACUCUAUUUUCCUAAAUAGACCAACGCCAAGCGGCCAAAGAGUCCUGCUGCGCUUCAGCUUCACUUUGGAUGUGGAAAUGUGCACCGCACCUGCUCAGUUCAGUAUGGACAUCGCGGUGUCGAUAGGUGGCAGAGAUUCUAAGCCGCAAGGCAAGCUUAUGAGCCUCAUCGGAGCUGCCACGACGGGUGCUAGAGUGUUGACGAAGACGAGCGCGCUGUUCGCUGUACGGCUUGUGCCACCCUUGGAAAAGCGCACCAAGGAAUUGUGGAGGCUCGACACUGCCGCAAAGUAUGUCAGGGGCGAGGAAGCGCUACAAGGCAAGUGGAAGCCUCGUGGCGUCAGCUUGGUGCACGAUCACGCUCGCAUGGUACGACUAGAAAGACGAAGAGCGGAAGUGGAAGGCGUGCGUAGGCUGCUCGAGUCGGCACCGCCACUAUCAAUGUCGAAUGGUAGCAACAAUGCAGGGGGGGAUCACGAAGGUCUGCUCCAGCGCGCAGUCACCUACUGGCAAGCAGCGCGACGAGAUGCACAGCUGUCUGUCCUCGCUCAGGAAUCUGAAGAGGCUGCUGAAGAAGCCGCCGAUGAGGCCGAAGCAAAGGCUGCUGCGUCCAUUUCUGUCAAGACACCAGCUCCUCAUUCUUCACCCGCAACCCCGUCCAAGCUCAUCGCAGAAGUGUCACUCGUGCCCCGCACGGAUUCUGCAGCCAAGCGAGGCUGGCUGGCUCUUCCUGCUGAGCCUCACUCUGAUCGAUGGAUUAGAAGAUGGUUUGUCUUGCGACGGCCGUAUCUGUACGUCUACGAGAACAGCGCGGAGCUGGAUGAGCUCAUGGCGAUGCAUCUAGGCUCUGUGCGCGUGGAGCACGACGAGAACAUUGAGCGCAUGUUAAUGCGCGAAAACGUAUUCGGGCUCUACACCGCCGCAAAUUCCUAUUUCUUGCAAGCACCUUCAGACCAAGACUUAUCCGCGUGGAUGCGAGCCCUGGACAGCUUCCACACUGCACGCAGAUGACGCAGGAUCCGCUCCGCCGAAUUGGUGUCUGCAGUCUAACAACGACAGCUUCGCCCUCAGCGUUGCGACUCGCCGAUGUUUGCUCUCGUUUUGCGUCCCAUCUGCUUCUCCCGACGCUCCCUCUGCCAUAGAUCUUUCUUGCUCUCUUGUGGGCACCUACACUCACUUACGUCACCAAGCGCCGUUUUAGUGUCGAUCCUCGCAGUGAUCCUUUAUUUUGCCGCCGCUCAGAAAUGACAUACCCACGCCGCUCGUAAUCGUCGUGAAAUUCCUUCGCAA